ACCGGGCAUAGACCCGAAACCGGUACUCAAUUCCCGGGCCAGGCCAGACCCACACAGUACCGGGCCGGGCCGGGCCGGUUCCCGGGUCGGUUGGCCCGCACCCAGGCCAUCACUAGUUGGGAGUUGGGAUAGUCCCGGAUAAGGCCCGACGAGGAGGACUGGAGGGUUCACCAAUAAUCUCCGGACAUACCACCGCACCGUGUCAUUGUAGUUUGUGCCAAGAAAGCCUUCCAGAACUUCAAUGGCAGGCGGACAAUCAGAGAGGGAAGACAAGGUUUCACUGGAACUUACAGAAGAGAUUCUACAGAGCAUGGAAGUCGGCAUUACGUUUCGCGAUUAUAACGGAAGAAUCAGUUCAAUGGAUUUCCAUAAGACCUCACCUUACCUGGUGACUGCCAGUGAUGAUGAAUCCAUUCGAUUGUAUGAUGUCACAACAGCAACGUGUUUAAAGACAAUUAAUAGCAAGAAGUAUGGUGUUGAACUUGUUAGCUUUACUUCCCAUCCAACAACUGUGAUAUAUUCUUCCAAGAAUGGAUGGGAUGAAUCUCUGCGGCUUCUCUCAUUGCACGAUAACAAGUAUUUGCGGUAUUUCAAGGGCCAUCACGACAGGGUUGUCUCGCUUAGCAUGUGCUCCAGAAAGGAAUGCUUUAUUUCUGGCUCUCUUGAUCGAACUGUUAUGCUUUGGGACCAACGAGCCGAAAAAUGCCAGGGACUUCUUCGCGCCCAAGGAAGACCAGCGACUGCUUAUGACGAGCAAGGGCUUGUUUUUGCUAUUGCUUUUGGAGGAUACAUAAGAAUGUUUGAUAUGCGAAAGUAUGAAAAGGGACCGUUUGAAAUAUUUUCUGUCGGUGGAGAUUUAUCAGAUGCUAACGUUGUGAAGUUCAGUAGUGAUGGAAGACUUAUGCUUUUGACUACUUCAGAUGGAAAAAUUCAUGUCCUCGAUUCAUUCCGGGGAACUCUAUUGUCAACAUAUAAUGUGAAGCCUGUUUUGUCCAACUCAACUUUGGAGGCAUCUUUUAGUCCUGAAGGAAUGUUUGUAAUGUCAGGUUCAGGGGAUGGGAGUGUAUAUGCUUGGAGUGUCCGGAGUGGCAAAGAAGUAGCGUGUUGGAUGAGCACAGAUGCAGAACCGCCAUGUAUAAAAUGGGCUCCAGGAACCUUGAUGUAUGCUACUGGUUCUUCUGAACUCUCAUUUUGGGUUCCGGACUUGUCCAAAUUGUCAGCUUAUGUGGGAAGGAAAUAAAUGGGAGGAGCACCUAUGGUCAGUUUGGACGAGACUUUCUUGAUUCAUAUCUCAUAUCCCUGGUUGAUUAUAUAUCGAUUAUAUUCUAGAUUUUAGAAUCAUAUUUAUACAACCUUGUAUAUAUACUAUUGUAAUUAUUUACUUUGGGUGAAUACUCACCCUCUGGGUGUAGGAACAUGGGUUGUAAUUAUUUAGUAUGUAUAAUUAAAUGCAUGAUCUCUCAUUAACAAUAAGAGCAUCUCCAUCUAUGAUCCUCAAAUUUACGAUGUCUUAUGGUUAAUUAU